ACGAGUAAGAUGGAAUCGAGCAAUGUCUUAAAUCCUACCGUUAGAGUGAAAAAAGAGCCUCGCGAUGAGCCUCUGAAUGAUGAUAAUGAUUAUGAAAUAACUGACAUUACAUCUACAGUUACUCAAAAUGUUAAGUACGAAAGGUUUUGGCAAGAAAAUUCAACCCAAGAGCUUCUUCAAGAAUGUGACGAAAAUCACGAAAAGGAACUUGGCGACGUACAAAUCGGGUUGGAAUGUACAGACAUGAAGCCCAAUUUAUUUGCAAUUCACGAUUUCUACAUCAAGAAAACUAACCGCAUAUACAGUUACACGCAACAAAAUCGCGGGACAUAAACUGCAUAACUCCGAGCGAACUACUGGUGGAAAAAGAAGUAAUUUAAUUUGAUUUCUUUAUUCAUGGGGUCGGAGUUAUAACCUUAUAGGGCCACGAAGCAAGUACACAAUAGAUAGACAAAGAAAUGAGUGAGAGCCACUAUAUUUUAUUACUUUGAAGCCAGAGUAUCGGUGAGCGAUGUAUACGGGGUAAAAGUAUGGAAACACCUGGAAAUUUUGCGAAAUAAACAUAGAAAAAAAGUCUUGUGAGUUUUUUUUUUCAUUAACGAAGUCAAUUUGAGGAAGCUAAAAUACUAAAAUGCGCGAAGGGGCA